UAUAACGAUGGUAAGGCGCAGUGCCAAUCUGGUGGUCGCUCCUAUAACCAGAUUUCAACGAGCGUAGAGGUAUGACCGCUGAUUAAAGCAUGGAUUCUCCAAGCUUCACUGGAUGGUCGGCGAUUGACGCAUGUGAAUAGGUCCAAACGACGAGAAUGGUCGAAAAUUUGCAAUGCACAAGCUCUGGGCGACACCAAGUCGAAGAUCAAAGGAAAUCACAGGCGUUUGCACGAGACCAGGCGAUUCGUAUCUUUGGGGAGCGAACGUUAGGGGCGAUGGACCGUAGCGAAUGUUGCCAUACGAGGACUGCAAAUUAUUAAGAUUAUGAUGAAAAACAGCAACGGAACAGAAGAAUGCGGCAAAGAGGAGACCCAAGAAUCACAGCGGAGGUGGACAGAAAUGGAAAACAAUGAACAAGAAGCAGCAGCAGCAGCAGCGAGAGGGGAACGCAAGCGACAGAAGCCCGAGCAACAGAGAGCAGAAAGAGAAGAGCGAGUAGUGAGUGAUGCGAGGCCGCCGACCCCGAUUUGUUGUUGUAUGGUACCUCUGGGUUUAGUUUACAGCCAACCGCUUGACUCCAUUAGGAUAGCUACGUACGGCGGUAUGAAAAUUACUUCUGCAGCAAGUGAGUGCCCUGCGUUUCGAUUGAUUUCUGUCCCGUCGCCCGGGCUCUCAUUGGUAAUCCUGGCCCCAGGAGCCUUGCAAUUGCAAUGGGAACCGAGCGAAAAGCACUAUGGUUGAUGCUAGCCACCCGCUAGCUAACUCUAAGUAGG